AUGAAAAUAAUUUUAAUUUCUUUACUUUUUUAUUUAUUUUCAUUUGCUAUUUCUUAUGAUGAUGUCAUUCCUUUGGGUUAUGAAAGUCACAAUGAUUCUCUUGUGAUUAGAUAUCGUGAAAGAGAAAAUUAUUAUACAAAUAUUUCAUUUUUAUGGAAUGGUAAAAGUCGUUAUGAUAUGAGUUUUAAUUGUGUUUUAAAUAAUACAAUUAGAACUUGUACUUUACCAGUGAAAGAAUCUGAUCAUGCCCAAAUGUAUUCAGAGAAAAUAUCUGCAUGUACAGAAAAUAAUGGUACUUUUAAAAGGUGUGGUUAUGAUGUUGAGUUAUUUUAUUUUCCAAGUCCAUUUUUAAUUUCAGAGUUUAAACCAAAAACACGAGGUGGAAAUACAACAUUAAGUGGUUAUUAUUUAGAGUUAAAAGAAAGAAUUUAUGUUCCAUUUGAAAGUCACUAUAAAGAUGAUCAGUUUUAUUAUGCUGUAGAAGUAUAUACAAUUCCAGGUAAGUUUCAAUCAAAAACACCAGAUAGAAUAAAUUUAGUUUUAAAAGUUUUUCCAGGUUGUGGAUACAGAACAAUUAUUUGGGAGAAUCGUGAAAGAUUAAAUUUUACAUAUCAAGAGCCAAACAUUGAAAAAAUUGAUAUUAAUCAAUCAUUUCUUGAUAUAACUGGUACAAAUUUCUACAAUCAAUCAAUUUUGGUUUCUGUUAAAAUUGAUAAUAAUAUUAUUGAUCCAAAUGAUAUUAUUUCAGUUGAUUUUGAAAUUAUUAAAUUAAAAUUUAAUUAUUCAGAUCCAUUCUCAUCAAAAUUGAAUGUUCAAGUCGGUUGUUGUGAUUAUUGGUCAAAUCAAUUUCAAAUUACAUAUCCACCAAUUCCAAUAAGUUCAAAUAGUAUUCCAAAAUUAAAAGGUGGUUUAUUAAUAAUCAAUGGUAAUAGAUUAACUUCAUCACCAUCAUUAUCUAAUAAUAUUAAUAUUUCAGUAACAGUUGGUGAUUCAAUUUGUUCAAUUGUUUCGUCAUCUUCAAAUGAAAUUAAAUGUAAUUUACAACCAAUAUCAAAUUCAACAUUUAAUAAUUCAUCACCAAUUGCUGUAUCAAUAAAUGGGGUUGUAAAUACAAAUACAUUAUUAUUAAAUUAUGAUAUUCCAUAUAUUACAACAUUCUCUCAAGUAAAUGAUGAAAUUCAUAUAAUUGGUGGUUGUUUUGGUAAUAUUAAUUCAACUCAAAUUCAUAUCAAUGAUAAACAAGUUUCUGGCCAAAUUAAAUCAAUUAAUAAUGAUGAAACAAUUUUAAUAUUAAAAAUACAAAAUCAAAUUUAUAAUUUCAAUCUUUCAAUCGAAUCAAAUUCAAUCAAAUCAAAUGGAAUCAAUGUAGAUGUAAAAUUGUAUGCAAGUAUAAAUGAAAUUCCAUUGGUUGCUAAUAAAUUAAUUAAUUUUACAUUAUUUUAUGUAAAUUCAAGUAAUAUUAAUUUAAUACCAACAAUUAAAAUAAUUAAUGAAAAAUCAAAUCAAACAAGUAAAUCAAUUUCAACCAAUGUAAAUGAAAGUGUUGUAUCAUGUUCAUUUUUAAUUGAAAAUAAUUGUGGUAUUAUUAAUUAUGAAAUUGAAAUUGGUAAUCAAAUAUAUCAAUCAUCAUUUUCAUAUGAAUCACCAUUGAUUAAUAAAUGUAAUUUAAAUUCAAAUGAAAUUGUUACUUGUAUUUGUAAAGGUUUUGUAAAUAAAUAUAAUGAAACAAGUAUUUUUAUUUCAAAUCAAUCAAUAGCCCUUAGUAAAGAAAUUAAUAAUAGUAGUUAUGAAUCAAUAUCAUUUCAAAUGAAAGAUGAGUAUAAUAUUCUUGGUGAAUUGUAUUUAAAUGUAUGUGGUUUAUUAUCAAAUAAAGUAAUUAUUAAUACAUUUCCAAUUUUUAAAAAUGUAUCGAUUCCUAACUUGUUUGGUACAAAUGGUGGUAAUAUCAUUAUUAUUGGUAAAUAUUUAAAUAAUAAUACAAAUAUUACAAUUGAAUGUAAUGGUGAACAAAUUAUUAUAGAAAAAGAAUGUAAAUUAAAAAAUAGUAGUACAUCAUUAGAAUGCAACAUUAAUUUAAAUGGUCCAAAUGAUAAAACUUGUAAAUUAUUAUUUAAUAAUGAUAAUAGUAUAGUAUCAACAUUUAAUUUAAUAUACAAAUCACCAUCAAUUAAUCAAACCAGUAUAAUUAAUUUAAAACAAGGAGGUAUUUUAACAAUUAUUGGUAAUGAUUUCUAUUAUCCAAUUGAUAAAGUUACAAUAAUUGGUAAUGGUAAUGGUAGUGGUAAUAGUAGUAGUUUAAAUUGUAAUGAAGCAAAGUAUAUUAAUGAUACAAUUAUAACAUGUUUUAUUCAAGCAACUAAUUAUACAUUUAAUAAUAUUAAAAAUGGUGAAAUGAUAUUUAUCAAUGUUUCAACCAAUGGUAAAAGUGGUAUAUCAAAAGUAUUCAAAUAUUUAACUCAAUCUGAUGAUAUCCAUCAAUACUCUGAUGCUAGAAAUAUCUUUCAAAAUCUAUUAUUAUCAAUUUUAAUCAUAUUAAUCAUUUCAUUAUUAUUCAUUUCAAAUCUUUAA